CGGUUUCCAAAUCUUGACGAAAUUCCUUCUCGUCUUCUUGUGUGGGCCAAUCAUGAUGAUAGUGCCAUGCAAGAUGACCUUAGAAGCGAUAGUGGGCAUUCCACUACACGAGCUGACGAUCAUAGUCUUGAUGAGCUUGAACCGUCAACUUCUCGUGGUUACUCCCAAAUGUCCAGUGCUACACAAAUUCCUCCCCCAGCAAGAGAUCUUUUGACGGGUGUUCAAUUCCAAGAUUACGAUGGCGACUGGAGGCGAUCUUUUCCUGAAUGGAUGGAAAUGAUUGAAAGAGAUUUAUUGUCCGCACAAACCAGCCCACGUCAACGACGGAAUCGCAGCGACUUGUAUCAAUCACAGCUUCCGGAGAACAUGAGAAGGGUAGCUCUUACUUAA